UUUACAAUGUUUAUAUAGAAUGGAAUGAAAUCUAUCGGCAUUUCUCUGUGCUUGUUUGUACUUUGUGUACAUGAGAUACGUUUCUUUUAUUUUUCCAUACUUUCAUUCAGUUAUCUUCAUUAAUGGCUUUGCCCUGACACUCACCAGACUUGCAGAACUUCCUGAACCUAUCCUGUGAAAACGAGGCGUGAAGUGGGAACAUCUCAGAACGCCACAGUAUAUUUACAUUUAGGGGCAAUUUAGACUAAAUGGAUUUUUUUCCAAGCAUGAUAUAAUUUGAGAUGUCAGCCUUUUUUGCAACUGCAACACCAUUAUUUUAACACUUUAUUUAUGGUGUAAUGAGUUUGUUGUGAUUUGAUAGUUGCUGAAAUCCAUUAGCUCUUUAUUCAGUUGGAGCCUCCCCUACAUCCACAGACUCAUUUUUCUCACAGACUCAGAGUUAUUUGGAAUUAAACAUGUGACUUUCAUCUCCCAGCCCUCAAAAUCCAACACACACACACAUGCACGUAGACAGCUCAUGUUCGCUCUUGAGGUGGCUUACCAGAGCCAGUAAUCUGAGGGCAGUUACAUCACUCAUCUCAAAUUGUGUGUAUCUGAGGAUUAGGAAGGUCACGGGGAGGAGGAGUGUGCAGUUGUGUGGCCUGUGUUAUGCAGUUUUAGUUCAGGACAAUAUCCAACACUUAGACACGCAUACUGAGUUUUCUUGCACCCACUGAGUAGACAAUCUCAUGACGGAAGGCACAGCAGCAGCAGCAGCGGCGAUGGCAGACGCACACAUGGAGGAACUGGUGGAGCGAUCUGAAGUGGCUGAAGAUGAAGAAGCUCAGCUGUACCAUGAUGGCUCUCUCUUAGCACCUGAAAUAGACUUCAUAGAUGAACACAGCUUGGCACACAGUAACAUGGAGGUGACAGACAGGCUCAUGUACCUAGAGCAGCGCCUCCAGAUGCAGGAGGAUGAGGUACAGCUGCUGAAGAUAGCUCUGGCUGAUGUGCUCAAAAGACUCAACAUUUCAGAGGCACAAACCGCUGCUCACACCAAAAGAGGGCCUGUUAAAGCAUCUAGGCCUGUGUCUUUGACACUGCCACCUAGAACAAGCAGCAGUACAGCCAACUCCAUGAAGAAGUGCUCCAGCUCCUCACUGCCCUCUUCCACAUCCUUGAAGAAUUACAGCCCUUUGCUAGUCAGUAAAAGAGGUCCAGCAGGUGGUGCAAAAGAAAGUUCAAGUGUUCCUGCAAGCCGUCGCACUGCUCCACCGACCAGCACCACCUCAACCCCCUGUAAGAAACUCCAAGAGAGCACUAAAUCGAAGGAGACCAUCACAAGUGUUGUAGGAACCCGCCGUGUGACUCACUGCAAAGUGACUAUGCAGAUCUAUCUGAGCCACCCAGCAAAAAAGACUGGGCCUACUGAGAAUGCAGUUGCUUCACCCGUGCAGUCGAGUGUGUGCCCUCCAGAUAAAGCUGCUUCAGAGAAGAAGAAAGUAGGAGCUGGGAAGAAGCCACCCUGCUCACUAUCCUUGCACAGGAGCACAUGUCAGAGCCCCUUUUCCCCUGCUGAAACCCCCAUCUACAAGAGUCCCAUCAAGUCCCCUAGCCAGUAUUUCCAGAUCUGUUAUUAAACACACACAGUAGUAGAACCUGGACAAUUGAUCUGGUGUUCAUAAGUUACUAAAUAAAAGCUGUUAAUUGGUGACUAGUGACAUGUUGGUUAAUUCUUAUUAACUCUUUAAUGGCUAACAUGUUGAUUUAAUUUUUUUGGUUCUGAUAAUGUGAAUUUACAGCACCUUAUUUGUUGCAUGAUGUAAAUAUAGAUAUGGGUUCUUUUUUUAAAAAAAACUUACCACUAGUUAGUCAGUCAUCGUUAGUUUUCUUGUUCUUUUAUCAUGUCUUCUGUUUGGCUUUCUUCAUACUUACAGCGUUAUGUCUCUGAUAAAAUAUUUCCCAAAAUUGUUAUAAAUUUUGCAAAUUAUAUAAAAAUUACUUAAUAAGAAGGCUAUCUAAAGUGAUGAGACUGCGUUAGUGCAUGCUACCUCUAGACUGGUGGAGUAUCUAUAGAAGGACUGUGAUCAUAUUGCCAUUUUAUGUGCCACACUACUGAUAUUAUAAAUUACUAUCUGCACUAGAAAAGUAUAGAGACUGCACCGGUGACCAUUCUCAUGAAUCAUUAUGAGCUAGAUUUCGCAUGUUUACUGUGUUAUAUAGUGCAUGUGAGAGUGGUCUCAUGACUCUUUAGACAGCUCUAGAUGAACCACUGACUUGUGUUCAUGGGUGGGAAGAAGAUCCAUCCUUCUUAAUCACAGAUUUUUUUUUACUUUUAAUUUGGAGAAAUCUUACCAAAUAAAGCUUUAAAAGGAAGCAAUAUAUAACAUUAAAAUAGUUGCAGUGGGCUUGAGUAAGAGUUUGAAAGCCAAAAAUUGAAGUCAUGUAAUGCCAUAACCACCAUCUCUGAUGUUUAAAUAUACUGGACUGUGGUCAAAUAGUAAGUAAAUGGAUUUGUUGCACAUGGACAGUGCACUAUACAGUGAAUGGACAUACCAAUGGAACAGGUAUUAUGCAUUAUGAUUUUUAAUGCCUAAUAAAACAUCCUGAAUGAUAAAUACUAGGUUAUUUAGGAUAUGCCCAAACCAGUUCUUAAUACACGGCUAUACACAUCACAUUGUAGGAUUUAUAAUUUCAUUUAAUAUAUUUAAUAGUUGAAGAAGUUUUUUUGGUUUUCUGCCCACCACAGUUGUAAAGCAUGGUUAUUUGAGUUUCUGUAGCACUGUCAUGAACCAGUCUGGCCAUUCUCCUUUGUCCUUUCUCAUCAACAAGGUGUCUCUGCUCACAGAACUGUUGUUC